AAUAAGGUCCAGGGUUGCUUGAAAGUUGAAAGUUGCAAGUUCCUAAACCAGACGCGACUCGUUCCUUUCAUCAUCCAGACUUUCUUGAGGCUACACCAAAUCUUCUUUCAGCCCUGUUGUCGCAUUCAUUGCCGCAUUCAUUGUCGCAUUCAUUGUCGCAUUCAUCAUCGCACCACAAGCGCAUAGCUUUACAUUGUCUUAUUAUAUUUCUUGAUGAUUUUAUGAUACCCUUAGGUAGAUUGCCGCUUUUUGAGGCUCGAGGAGGCUCAAGGUUUGCACCGCCUCAGCCUACCUUUUAGCAUCCCAUCACAUCGACUCAUCCCGUCUCCCGCGAGUCCUCGUCACUACACCUUCUUGCUUGGCCUUCAAUCACCUACCUCUGCCUUGGCCUAGGCCCUGCCAGAGAUCCCCGUUUACGUGUCGCGAUAGCUCAUCGUAGUGGCGUUCCACUUCAGCGACCAAUCCCGCGAAUAAUCUCACCGUAGCAGCAGCGCCAUCUCGAUAUCUCCUCCUACAACCUCUCUCUUACCAACUAGAUCAUCCAGCGCGAGCACAUAGACCAUAGACGUGUCACAAUGUUCUUCCUCUACAACCUCGAGCGAAGGGUUACCCUUCACCCUUCGUACUUCGGCAAGAACAUGCACGAGCUGGUCACGGGCAAGCUUCUUAAGGAUGUUGAAGGCACGUGUACCGGAAGCUACUAUAUCAUUUCCAUCAUGGAUACCUUCGAUAUCUCCGAAGGUCGCAUCCUUCCCGGAAGCGGCCUCGCUGAGUUCACCGUCGGCUAUCGUGCUGUGGUCUGGCGCCCCUUCAAGGGCGAAACGAUGGACGCCAUAGUAGUCUCCGUCAACCAGCACGGCUUCUUCGCCGAGGCAGGACCGCUUCGAAUCUUCGUGUCUACCCACUUGAUCCCGCAAGAAGUCAGAUGGGACCCGAACGCCACACCACCUCAAUUUACUAACAACGAGGACACUACGAUCGAAGUUAACACCCAGGUUCGUGUUAAGAUUGUGGGCACGCGAGCCGAAGUCGGUGAGCUAUGGGCAAUUGGAAGUAUCAAGGAAGACUAUCUCGGAACGCUACAAAAUUAGAUAGAUCUGGCGCGUUUGGACUUCAUCUGUCCUUGUCCUGUGCUUGGUGCCGCCCUCGUGUGGUAGUAGAUGUGUGAAUCUACAGGAUCGCGCAAUCCAUAGGAUAUAGGCCUAGGCUUUGGUACCUUAAGAGCUAUUGAUAUCAACAAUAGUAGUACUGCAUAGGCAUCUUUAUGCAAGGUAAAGUCACAGACCCAAGUCUCGCGAAUUUCGGAUAUGCUAGGCGACUUAGGUAGUCACCUAAAUGGCAUCUGACGUUCAGCUUUUGCUAUGACAUACGAUAAGCUUAUCCCACGAGGCCGUAGCGUAUAGCGUCUAACCUACGCCUCAAAGUAAAAACAUUCUGCUGGGAAAGACUAAGCAAAGCCUCAAACCCUAUUAAUAUAUAAUCCCGGGAACAUGACUAUAUCUACCAUAAACACCAGAUACAACUGUUGGACGUUUUGGUUGGAAGCAAUCUGCUAGCCCAUUGGCCUUAGAUUAUGAUCGAUAUAAUAAAUGGUCAUCGUCUCAAAAUAUAUCCUCUUAAAUUGGCAUAUUAUACUACCUUUAUUUCGACUAGUUUCGGUGCUGGUAUAUGAAGACUGAUUAGAAAGGAGAAAAUGAUUCAUACAGUGUUAAUUUUUAGGUACUCGGGUAUUAUUCGUAAUUCCAAAAUCUAAUUGUAAGACCUUUUCGUAGUAACUUAAUUAAUGGCG